UCAUCUGUCCUGCCUGUCAGCGUCUCAUGCCAUUCCCCAUGCAGUCGCUGUCUCUUUCUGCGUGCCAUGAUGUCCUUCGGCCUCCACCACGAGCCACAUCGCUAUGUAUAGCCCCACGCUAUUCAGGGGCUGUGAGGACGGAACGUAAGCUGUGCAGCAGAAACAUCUCCGCGUUGCCACGGAGACCUGGACGAUCCCACCGUGGGUGCCGUCAUGGGUGGCGGCAUGACAGGAGAGCGCGGAGAGGUCUGAUUGUCACCUAUGGAAAGCCAAACAGGCUGCAGCGCGUUACAGCUCAACCCAAAAUUGCCCCCAAUGGUAAACGGCGUCAGCUCCGUCACAGAGCAGCUCGAUCCCUAUUCGGAAUCCCAAUGAAGAAUGACGCUGGAGUUUCAGGGGAGCCCAGCAGCUGUUCUGGCUCAGAGAGCGAGCCCAACAGGUCGACCUGCCCGCCGGCGGACUCGGAGCAGGGGUCAGCGUGCGUGAGGGUGAGGAUGAAGGGGAGUGUGUUCCCAGUAGACCGCGCUCUCCUGGCUGGCAGCAGCGAGUACUUCCGCGCCCUGUUCGAGUCGGGCAUGCGCGAGAGCGACCAGGAAGAGAUCAGGCUGCAGGGUCUUAGCGCCCGCGGGUUCCUCAUCACCCUCAGCGUCCUACAGGGGGCGCGACCCCUGCUGAGCGCAGACGAGAUCGUAGAGGUCAUCGAGUGUGCCUCUUUUCUCCAGGUCAAGACCCUCACCAAGCACCUCGCAAACAUCAUUGACUCGGACAACUGCUUGUUGAUGUAUCACACAGCGGCCACCUACGGGCUGCUGGACCUUUUCAAAAGCGCUGCACUGUUUAUCACGGACGUGUAUGGUGACCUGAAGGACGACCUAAGAUGUCUGCCACAGGAGAUGAUCAGCCACGUGGAGUCCUUCAUCCCAAGCUCGUACGUGAUGGUGGGCACUCACUCUCCUUCUACAGAGCUCCUGCAUGACGGAUGUCGUACCGUGUGCUACCUAGACGAGGACGAGAACGACUGGAAGAUUCUCACCAGCUUGCCUCUAGACGCCAGCACCACCAUGGCCGGCGUGGCCGUUCUCGACAAUAAGCUGUACAUUGUCGGAGGCGUGGCUGACGUGAGCAAGAACAUUGUGGACUCAGGGUUCUGCUACGACCCAGAGGCUGACUCCUGGAGCGUGUUUCCGAGCCCCACGCAACCCCGCUACAACGCCUCGCUGCUGGGCCUCGAGGGAGGCCUCUACACCAUGGGGGGAGAGUUCCAGCGGAAGCCCAUGGCCUCUGUGGAGGUUUUCCGGCCCGCCAAGCACACCUGGUCACCUGUGGCACACCUGCCGAAGGCUGCCCCAAACGUUCCGUGCACCGUGGCCAUGAACCGGAUGUUCAUCUGCCUGUGGCGACCUAAAGGCGUUACGGAGAUCUAUGAGUACGCGCUCGAACGUGACCAGUGGGAGUUAGUUACCACUCUUGUACGACCCCAGAGUUAUGGCCACUUUAUGGUGUCACACAGGGACAAUCUGUACGUCAUGAGGAACGGCCCGGACGACGACUUCCUCAGGUGCAUGAUGGACUGCUACAACCUGACGACAGGACAGUGGACUGCCAUCCCGGGCCAGUACGAGGCUCUCUUCACAGCCUCGAUCCGAGGGGACUCUGUGUUCACCUUAAACCAGAGGGUGACGGAGGAGUACGCCAUCAGAGACCUGCGGUGGAAGAGCAGGAAACAGAGGAAAGGAUUUCCCAGGAUCGGGACCAUGUGGACCUUUCUCCUGCGGUUGCCUAAGAGAAGCAGAGAGCCCCUGGAGAAGACCGUCUCCACCAGCCGCCAGCAGUUGGGCCGCCAUGCGGUCUGGCCUCCUGAUGCCCAUUCAGCAUGCGUGGAUUAACGCCCGCAAGGAGUUCCUCGCGGUAAUAAUGAACUCAAGUAACUGUUUUAAAUGAUGGUGAAGCUGGAUUCUAGACCUGCAUGGUGGAUUUCUGGAAUGACUUGCAAAAAAAACUCACUCCUCAAAGGGUUAAUAGGUAUUACCUUAGCUAUUGUACAAAGGUAAUUUGUUUUAAAUGAAUUAACAACAAAACAGAGUAGAGGAAGAAUAAAAAGAAAAA